UGAUUGAUUUUUGACGUUCAUCACUGGCAGUGGAGAGCAUUGGGCCUCAGGCUGGAUCCUUUCUCGGUGAAAGUUACAGCAGGAACAUAAUUCUCUAGGACGAAUUGUACUUGUAAAAUAUCCCUUCAACGUUAACCCGUUACCAUGUUGAUGCCCAAGAAAAAUCGUAUUGCUAUCUAUGAACUCCUGUUCAAAGAGGGUGUAAUGGUAGCAAAAAAAGAUGUGCACAUGCCAAAGCAUCCUGAGUUGGCGGACAAAAAUGUCCCUAAUCUGCACGUAAUGAAGGCCAUGCAGUCUUUGAAAUCGCGUGGUUAUGUAAAGGAGCAGUUUGCUUGGCGACACUUCUACUGGUACUUGACAAAUGAAGGCAUCCAGUACCUACGUGAUUACCUUCACCUUCCCCCAGAAAUUGUUCCUGCUACAUUACGGCGCCAGACCCGUCCUGAGACUGCAAGGCCGAGGCCUAAAGGUCCAACUGAGGAUCGCCCUCGCCUUCGUGAAUCUGACAGAGACAAUUACAGACGGGCUGCUCCACUUGGAUCAGACAAGAAGGCUGAAGCUGGUGCUGGUGCAGCCACAGAAUUCCAAUUUAGAGGUGGAUUUGGCCGUGGACGUGGACAGCCUCAGUAAAUGUGCACAACCUGUUCUGUAAAAUAAAAGUCAGUUGAAAUGUA